CAGUGUGUGUGUGCGUGUGUGUGUAGUUUUUUUUUAUCCCUCCCCUGAGCAGAUCUUUAUCAAUUUGUGUACUCCAGUCCUAGGGUGCAUUUGAAUGGGUAUCUGUGUGUGCAUAUGUGGCAGAGUUUACAGGAGGACAGGGUGAAGGUGUGUCCAGAGGGCUGCAUUCGACUCCUGACUUAUUCGUUCUGAAACUGGAAAUAAGAGAAAGUAAGAGAAGAUUGAUUAUUUUUCUCUCUAUCUCAAAGUGUGUCGGAGCCAGUGGAGAAGGGGGAGAGCUCGGUGACAAGAGGAGAGCGACCAGCACAGAAGAGCUUCUGAUUGACAACAUUCUCACUGUGAUAACCCCCGGCUACUUUUCAAAGGAAUCUACAUUUGGCUGGACUGUGUGUGCAGCCUAAAUGACGAAGUGGAACUUGUUCAAGCAUCAGACAACGCCCAUGGUAGUCGCCAACCCAACGGGGGCCAGUGCCUUGACUGUGACCCCUGCCCCCGUCGCUUUGGUCUCCACCGACAACUCCACCGAACCGGUCGACAAGAACGACGCCUUCGACGAGAUCAAAAACAAGUUCCUGAAUGAAAUCGACAAGAUCCCACUGCCGUCCUGGGCCAUCAUUGCCAUUGCCGUGGUCGCUGCUUUACUCAUUCUAACAUGCUGCUUCUGCAUCAUCAAGAAAUGCUGUUGCAAGAAGAAGAAGAACAAGAAGGGCAAGAAGGGGAAGGGUGAAAUGGGAAUGAAGAACCUGAAAGGGGGAGAGAAACAACAGGAUGAAGAUGACGAAGAAGACGACGUGGAACCCGGGCUCACCGGAGACGAGAAAGAGGAGGAGGUGAAGGAGAAAGAGAAGCUCGGCAAGCUGCAGUACUCCAUCGAUUACGACUUCCAGGAGAACAAGCUGACUGUGGGAAUCCUGCAAGCAGCUGAUCUGCUCUCCAUGGACAGCGGCGGCACCUCUGACCCCUACGUCAAGGUGUUCGUCCUCCCCGACAAGAAGAAGAAGUACGACACAAAGGUCCACAAGAAAACGCUCAACCCCACCUUCAACGAGACCUUUACCUUCAAGAUUCCAUUCCAAGAGAUGGGAGGGAAGACUCUGGUCAUGUCAGUCUAUGACUUUGAUCGCUUCUCUAAACACGACGUCAUCGGAGAGAUUAAGAUACCCAUGAACACCCUGGACCUGGCAAAGCCAAUAGAGGAGUGGAAGGACCUGGACAGCGCGGACCAGGAAGAGCCGGAGAAGCUGGGGGACAUUUGCAUCUCUCUGCGUUACGUCCCGACUGCUGGCAAACUUACCAUCUGUAUUCUGGAGGCCAAGAACCUGAAGAAAAUGGACGUGGGAGGACUGUCAGAUCCCUACGUGAAAAUUAACCUGCUGCAGAAUGGAAAGAGGCUGAAGAAGAAGAAGACGACAGUGAAGAAGAACACUUUGAAUCCGUACUAUAAUGAGUCUUUCAGCUUUGAGAUUCCUAUUGAUCAAAUGCAGAAAAUCCUAGCCGUGAUCACGGUGCUGGAUUAUGACAAGAUUGGCAAGAACGAUGCCAUCGGGAAGAUCCUGGUGGGAAGCAAGAGCACAGGGGCCGGGCUGAAACACUGGUCCGACAUGCUGGCCAACCCCCGCCGCCCCAUCGCCCAGUGGCAUCCACUGCAGCCCGAGGAGGAGGUGGAUGCCGCCCUCGCAGCGCUGAAUGCCAAGAAGUAAACCCCCCCUCCCCUCCCCCUCCCCCCCCCCCCCCCCCCGCCAUCGUCCCCACCUCCACCUUACCCACCCACUCCCCAUCAUAUCCCCAGGUCCCACAUAUCAGUGUAUAUUCCAGAAGAACGCCCCAGCUGUACAUCCGCUCCCUCCGUCACCACCUCCUCCUCCUCCUCCUCCUCCUUCCCCAACCCACCUCCUCUCUUGAAAAGAUCCAUCGAUAUCACUCAACAUGAUGGGAAAUAUAGUUUCAAAAAAAAAAAAAAAAAAAGCAUCAUGUGAAAUGAAAUCAUGUCAUUGAAAAAAGAAGACAAGUUACUGGAUGGACAGAUACUCCGUUGAUUUCCUUUAGAUCUAUUUUUGUAUUGGGGUUGUGGUUCCAUUAAUAAGAAUACAGAGUAGACUGCGAAAGCCAGUGAGGGUGCUACGUGGGAACGUGGGUGGUAGAGGGGAUAAGACAUGCACUCACCCACAUCGUACUUCUCAGCCCUUCCCUUUAGUGACACGGUUUGCUUAGAGUAGUGCUUAAUAAUAAAAUGCUUUAUACUGCCAUAUGAUAGAGAAAUAACACAAGCAGGUCCAUUCCUUAGGUGUAUCGUGCACCAUGUUCCACACCUGCCAGUUGUCAUACAAGGUGAUUCUGUUAGUUUGAAGUACAUUCCUAGAGUUGGGUAGCGAGUAGGGAUAGGCACACGUCCAGUUACCCACAAACACACUGCCUUUUUUUUUUUGAUUAGUUGACCUUCCGUCCAUCGUCUCAGGAAAACUGAGAGGAAAACUGAAACUCCAUGCCUUUUUUUCUAAACGGGUUCUCAUUAUUCAAAUACUCCACGUGAUGAAGAGGAACCAUUGGAUUGAAAAGCUUGAGCGCUUGUUUGUCUCCCCCCCCCGGUUAACAUAGGUCAGGACAUAGUGUUGGUGGAUCUGUGAGAUGCUACGUUAGGGAACAGGGAGCGGUGGGUUUUUUUGGUUUUUAAAAAAAAAAGAAGAAAAAAAAAGUGAGGGUAUUUUGAUAUUUUUUGACAGUGCGAGGUGGCGGCGAAAGCAAGGAAAUAUCAGAGCGGUUACAACAGAGACUGAUUCCAACCACCAAUGGCAUGAUAUUUACAAGGUGUCGAUUACUGCCCCGCAGUCUACCACCACCCCCCCCCCCCCCCCUCCGAUUCUGUAUCUCACUUGUUGUGCUACUGCCAUCAGUCAUGGACUUGAUACAAGGGUUUUACUCCAAAGGAAUCCCUAUAACCGUCUUACAGUCAUAAAGGAGACAAGCCUUCAAAGUAACAAAAUAAGCAAUUUUCAACUACCAGGGACGCCUUCCAGUUAGCGGUGUUGUUCUCUUCAUUUCUCUCUCCUUUUAUUAAUCCAGUUUCAUUUGAUUUUACUUCAAAUACUUUGAUUCCUUGUGCACUUUAAAUCCAAAUGUUGUGUUUAAGUUCCCUUGGAAACCAGAGCUUUAAUUGUUUAUGUUGUUGAUAACGGCUGGUUUUAAGAAGGAAGCGCAUUUUGUAAUCAGUUUUUUGUUGUUGUUGUUGUUGCUUUGUUUGGGCUCAGCUUUUUGUUGUGUGUGUGUGUUUUGAUUGUUUGAAUAUUACGACUCUCACUUGAUUGCAAGGAUAUGGUCUGGAAGAAGGUUCCGUGUGUAUUUCACACACAGCACACCAAACCGUUGAAUUGAAUUGCACUACUGGGUAUCAUUCUGUUCUGUGGUGACUCAACACUGUUCUUCGAUCCACGCAGGUCUCUUUGGUUAGUUAAUAAAGUGUGUUGUGAGAUUGAAUCUUGUCUGUGGCACGCGCACGGCGCCGUGCACCGAAGAGCCCUCUGAAAGGGACGCGAUCCAAUGCUCCCUCUGCCUCCUUUACACAAUGCAAUCGGCUCAGUGUGUUUCUAAAUUAUAAUCAAAGAGGCGUUAUGAGGUCAAACUUUUACCUCGGACGAAUUCCAAACUGUUUGUUUGACCCUAAUUUGCCACAACUACCCAUUGACUGUGCCAGAAAGUGCAAAGUCAACGUGAAUCAAACGUACACAGUACUACAGUGUUUGGGGAAUUUAAUGAAUGUUGGCUCUUGUCUCUUUCUCUGUUGGAAAUUGUGAUUUUUUUUUUUUUUAUAACCAACAUAGACCAUAGAUCAGAUUUUUCCGUCUUUCUUCUCACACGAUAUUGUUUCCUUCGUUGAUGAAGCAGCACUAAAGAAAAGGCGACAUGGAAGCAAUCAAACAACCCAUUGGUGUGUAGUUUUGCCUAUAUACAUAGUUCAUACACGUUGAUACUGCAUGUUUAUACAAAAUACUGUACAUAGCAGCAUGUUUUAGAGACCAAGCAAAAAUAUCUCGUGUACGUAAGUGGAUGUCAUUUGUCAUUUUAAUAACACAAACGAAAGGGGAAAAAAAGACACACUGUAUAUUUUCUAAAUGAAACAAAUGUGUAUUUUUUUUUUCAACGAGGGUCAUUGGAGAGAAUGUCAUACAAAUAUUAGAGUACUAUUACUAAUAACAAACCUUUCCACGCCUGAAAAUCUAAAGCAAGUGUGUCGUCCAGUACUGUGUGUGAGUUCAUGUAGGAUGAAAAUGUAGCCGCAUGCUUGCUAUAUACUUCCUUGUGAUCAAAACUUUUAUUUGGUGCCAUUUUUCUGCCAAGUUGUUUCGAAGGCCAAUGUUUUACUGAAUUUUAACGCUGUUGCUUUUUUUUUUUCUUUGUCUUGCUAAGAAAUAUGUUUGAAUUUUUUCUAUGUUGGGCCUGAGGGGGGGGUCUCCAAGUCUUUAAUAUGACUUUUUUUUUCAAACACAUUUAGCGCAGUGUUAUUCUGGAAUAACUUGUUAGAUGGAGAUUAAAUAUUCCUGCAAUCUCUAGGUGGAUUGUGGGAGUUGUUCUUUGUGCCAGAGGUCAAGUCUGUUGGAUCAUAUCAUUGUAUGAAAUGAAUUUCCAGUUGCCAAAAGAUGAAAUAUCCCAUUCCAGUGCACACAGAUGACUUGGAAUCCCUUCUUCUCUCAGUUUAUACGUUCACUUCUACCGUAUUUAAAUGACCUGAAACCUUUCACGGCUGUGUCUCUUUUACUGUGUUUAUUAUACAAUACGUGUAUGUGUAUACGAGACAAAUGAAUAAGACAAAACUAAAGCCAUAAAACUCAUGCACUAACGCUGAGUAGCUAGUUUAUUUAUGAAGAAACAAAAAAAAAUCUUGACAUGUCUUAUUUUUCCUUGGCCAGUGUUUCUCUUUUACAUUCCGUUCAGAGGUCUUUGUUCAUCAAAAGGGCCAAAUCCACUUUUGUGUAUAUGUGAGCUUUGGGAACAGUUGUGAGUUUAAUAGAGUGAGUGUGUCUUUUUCUACUUUCAAAGCUGUUGACGUCCUUGUUUCCUAGAGGUAGCUGAAUUUACAGUAUUGUGAUUAGUAACGUAUAUGCCUUGUUUUGAUAGUAUGGAUACUAGAUAUACAAUCACAAUAGGUUCUCAAUAAUACUGCUAAAUUAAAAGUAUAUAUAUAUAUAUAUAAAUAUAUAUAGUGAGAGAGAGAGAGAGUGUGUUCUUUUCUUGGGCUGAGUGCAAUGAACCUGACUGGGUCCCUAUUCCAAGUUUCUCUUCUCAUGGUUUAACAGCGGUCUGUACUAGUGACCACGAGUGCAAUCAAUAACCCCCCAGCUGGCCAGCACACUGGCGGGUUUCCGUUGGUUUGUUUCGCAUGUCGCUCAAGCAACUAAAACUUGUAGUUACAUAUCCAACAAUCACACAGCAAAAUAGAGAGAAACUUUAAACAGCGGCACCCAGGUUUUAGGCCUGAAUCCCUCCCAUAGAACUAUGCAUAGAUUUAUGAUUUUCACAGAGAAAUAGCAGAAAGUAUAUAGAAAAUAUGGAAACCCAUAUAAUGUUGUUAACAGUAUAUGCCCUUAAAGGAGCAGUUUGAGUUUUGGGAAGUACGCUAGUUCGCUUUCCUGCAGUGUGAGAGGAGAAGAUUGAUACCACUGUUGAAUCUGUGCUCUAAUCUUGGAGCUGGAGCCCGUAGACGGUUAGCUUAGCUUAGCACAAAGACUGGAAACGGGCCUAAACAGCUAGCCUGGCUCCGUCUGCGCUGCUGUUAAGCUAAGGUAAGGUCCUGGCUCUAGCUUCAUACCUAAAGGAUAAACGUGUGUCAAUCUUCUUAUCCAACUCAAAAGAAAAGAAAAAAGAAAGCGAGUUCGCCUUUUUCACAAAACGUUGAAUUUUAACGUCCAACCUGCCGCCAGUCAUCAGUCCGGGCAACAAUCUUAAAUGUGAUGUGCAACGCUGCACAUUGUCUAAAGCAAUAUUAUAGUUAUCAACUGUCCCCUUAUCGUUUCUGAUUGUGACCAAACGACGCAAAGAGUCAAAUACAAGAUUUCAGUGUGUUUCACAAAAUACUGCCAGAACCUGCUUACAGUGGCCUGCGUUCGCCGUUUCAAUCUACAAAAAGCCAAAAUAAGAAUUCACGUAGAAGCAAACAGAACGCAUCAGAGGACGAGGCAAAUGUAAUUACAGGUCGAAUUUAUAGCACAUUUUAAGGGAUUUGUUUCCUUUCACUGCUUGGGUCACUGCAGUCACAUGACAUCCACGUUCUAUGGGGGCGAGAGACUGGGGGCGCUGUGUGUUGCGCUUUGUGUUCGUAGUAGAAACCGAUGAAGCGUAGGCCCAACACAGCACUAGCAUCGAUAAAUACCACACACAAGACGUAGCUCAUUCCGUAAUGUACGCCUUUGUGCGUGGGGCCGGGAUGCUCAAAAACGACUUCCCACGCGACGCUCCGGGCCGCGUCCGUGUCGUGCCACCUUUUUACGCACGAGGCCGCAGCUGAGGUCACGCGCCGCUUCGGAGCGGUUUUGGUUUUGUCUGUCUGUCCUUCAACAAACGCUGGGAUUUAAAAAGGGAAAACGUCCGAAGUUCAGUAAAUCAUUCACCGCCCUGUCGCAUCUCAGCGGGCAGAGACCCCACUCUGGGACGUGUUGUCUUGUCUCCUCUAUUACUCACUGUAUUUCUUCUUUGUAUUCUUGUGUACACGUGUAACCAUCGCCUCUGUCUUUAUUUGUUGUUUUUUUUCCGUGAUGUAACCCGCUAACGUAGAACUGUGUUUGAACCCACGCCAGAAUCACUUUUUGCUUUGUUGUUUUCGCGUCUCUGUCCCGUUUGUGUGUGAAAACCAGCUACGUACCGUCACUUUCGCUGCUGGUGAAGCAGGCUCGUCGACUCUCUCCACUGGAUCUGCUUCCCCCCCCCCCGCUGAGCGCAAAGGAUGCCGGCCUUCAUGUUUACAUGGAAAUACUGUAUACUGCCGAACAUGCAGGACCGUACCAAACCCUCCUCUCGAGCGCUUAGUCCCCCCCCCCUCUCGUCCCCCGAUGCAACUGUGCUCUCAAGACUCUUUUUUUAAUUUUUAUCUUUAUCUUUCUCCCCUCUUUCUCUUCUCGGUCAUCUUUUUAAAGAGUCGGGGGACAGUCAGGAUGUGUCCUCUCGCUGUGUUUCUUCGUGUCUAGUGUCGUGGUGCGCGUGUUCAUGUCAGUACUUGUGCCUACUGUGGAUCGCAUGCUUUAGCCCUUGACUGGACACAAACGUUGCUCACAAACUCCUCUUGACCCUUGUGUGGACAAACGUUGGGGGUCCUUAUAAAGUUAUCAAGGGAACCAAAUAACUUAUUACAAAUUUAUCAUAUGUGUUACCAGUUCUGUAAAAAAAAACAAAUAGGAAAUAAAGGCCUUUUAAUUACCA